UCCUUGGUAGCGACGCAAGGUCACACUUUUCCUGGCAGAUUAACUUUGUGGGUGUGAAUCAUAAUAAAUUAAGUAAAAAGUGCACAGCCAAUUCACACCGACACCCACAAAUGGCAGCCACACUGAAGCCCUACCUGACAGCCGUGCGCCACUCGCUGACUGCAGCGAUGUGCCUACAGGACUUCCCCUCGCAGGUCGUGGAGCGCCACAACAAACCGGAGGUGGAGAUCUGCUCCAGCAAGGAGUUGGUCCUCACGCCCGUCGUGGUAUCGCGCAACGAACGCGAGAAGGUCCUAAUUGAGCCCUCGAUCAACUCGGUGCGCGUGAGCAUCGCUGUGAAGCAGGCGGACGAGAUCGAGCGCAUCCUGUGCCACAAGUUUACCAGAUUCAUGAUGCGCCGCGCCGAGUCCUUUGUAAUCCUGCGUCGAAAGCCAAUUGAGGGCUACGACAUCAGCUUCCUGAUUACUAACUUCCACACAGAGCAGAUGUACAAGCACAAGCUGGUGGACUUCGUCAUAAGCUUCAUGGAGGAGAUCGACAAGGAGAUCAGCGAGAUGAAGCUCGCAGUCAACGCAAGGGCCCGCACCUGCGCCGAGGAGUUCCUCAAACGCUUUUAGGUGAACGCAACCCCAUCUCGCCUAGUUUACUUUGCUUAAGUAUUUCAAAAUCGAUUCAAGAAUAAAGACGUCUUUUGUAUAAUUUA